UUUUACAUUUGGGAAACGUUUACUUUCAUCGUAAACAGUUAAAACAUGGACAAGAAGGAGUAGAAAUUGGUUCUGAUGCGGAAAUCCGCUGGACGGGUCAUUUAUUACGAUUGGACGUAGAAGGCAUUAAAGAAGCUUUGACCACUAAAACCACGGAGGCACGCAAUGAGCGAGUUCUCACAGCAUUAAACAUUGAUCAAGCAUUAGAUGCUAGAGAUGCGUUUGCAAAGGCAUUGUAUAGUUCUCUAUUUACUUGGCUUGUUGCAAGGAUUAAUCAUAUCGUUUUUAAAGGAACUAAAAAAACAACAGCUAUAUCGAUUCUUGAUAUUUUUGGUUUCGAAGACUUUAAGGAAAAUAGUUUUGAACAAUUGUGUAUUAAUUACGCUAAUGAAAAUUUACAAGUUUACUUUAAUAAGCAUAUAUUUAAAUUGGAACAACAAGAAUAUGCAAAAGAAAAAAUUCAUUGGCAGAAUAUUUCUUACAACGAUAACUUGCCAGUUAUUCAAUUAUUAUCUAAGAAGCCUGUUGGGAUUUUACAUCUAUUAGAUGACGAAUCUAAUUUCCCUAGAGCAACAGACUUAUCAUUUUUAGAAAAAUGUCAUUAUAAUCACGCUUUAAAUGAGUUAUACUCCAGGCCAAGAUUGAAUGGACCGGAAUUUGGAGU